GCUGAAAUCCUAAUGAACCGACCCCACGCGAGAAAUUCAUUGGGAAAAGUAUUUGUAAAUGAACUGUUCAGUGCUCUGGAACAGCUCCGCUUUGAUGAGAAGGUUCGCGUGGUGGUGUUCAAGAGUGAGGUGAAAGGUGUGUUUUGUGCUGGUGCAGACUUAAAGGAACGUGCAAAGAUGGAUGACGCAGAAGUUGGGCACUUUGUUAAAAGGCUGAGAAAUCUCAUGGAUGAAAUAGCUGCCCUGCCUGUACCCACGAUUGCUGCAAUCGAUGGCUACGCAUUGGGGGGUGGACUGGAACUGGCGUUAGCUUGCGACCUUCGAGUAGCAGCUUCGUCAGCUAAAAUGGGCCUUAUUGAGACUACAAGAGGGCUUCUUCCUGGAGCAGGUGGAACCCAGCGCCUGCCCAGAUGUGUUGGAAUAGGUCUUGCCAAGGAGCUCAUUUUCACUGGUAGGCAGAUUGAUGGACAACAGGCCGCCUCAAUGGGGUUAGUAAAUCACACAGUGCCACAGAACAGCGAGGGAGACGCAGCUUACCAGAGAGCAUUAACUUUGGCUAAAGAAAUCCUUCCUCAGGCUCCAUUUGCUGUGAAAAUGGGAAAACUAGCAAUAAACAGAGGAAUGGAGGUUGACAUUGCAUCAGGGAUGGCUAUUGAGGGGAUGUGUUACGCCCAGAAUAUUCCCACAAGAGACCGUCAGGAAGGGAUGGCUGCCUUCAAGGAGAAAAGACCACCUCAGUUUAUUGGCAAAUAAUGCUUCCUGGCUUCCCCUCGAUUUUUUGAAAGUAAAGAAGGACCGAAGAGAAGACCCAACUGAUUUCUUGGGAUGAUUUUUAUGACUGCAUUCUGUGCACUUAGCUCCUUGCCUUGGACUGCAUUUCUGAAUACUCCACUGGAUUGUUUUGCUCUAAGAAUUCCAAAAUAAAGAUUUAACUUUGUACA